AUGGCUCCACGUUCGCCACGAUGUCCCAUCACCGUGGAUCAGUCUUUUGGGCCAUGGGCCAAUUCCUGUCGGGGUGGAUUUGACUUUACUCUCUUCUUCGAGGAGACUAUUCUCGCCAUUCCUCUCUUGUGUAUUUUCCUUUUGGCUCUGCCGCUGCGCGGAUGGCAGCUUGGUCGGGCGCGGUCGAGAGUCAAGAAAAGUCCCUUGCGACACACGAAAUUGAUCUUGUGCUUCGGUCUGAUCGUGCUUGAAGGAGCCCAUCUUGUGCUCUGGGCAACAUCGGGCUCUUCGGUAACGCGAACAACAGCCACAAUCCCGACUGCGGUUCUGUCGCUCACUUCAGCUGUCGGUCUCAGCAUCAUAUCCUGGUUGGAACAUUCUCGGUCCAUACGCCCAUCUUACAUUAUUAACAUUUAUCUCUUCCUCUCUGUCUUGCUCGAUGUGGCGCGAGCUCGGACACUGUGGAUGCUGGGGCCCCACGGUGCCAUCCCCGCCGUUUUCACCUGCUGCCUCAUUCUGAAAUGUGCAAUGACUAUUUCCGAGUCUAAACAGAAGAGGAAGAUUCUAGUUGAUGACCUCAAAGAGGUUCCAAAGGUGUCGACAAGCGGGCCGUUCAACCACAGUGUCUUCUACUGGUUAACCUCGCUCUUCCUCCAUGGAUAUAAGAAGAAUCUUUCUCUUCAGGACCUGUAUCCACUGAGCUCUAGCCUCAAGUCCGAGAAGCUAGGGCUCGGCCUUCAAGAUGCUUGGGACCGCGUCCCGGAUAAACAACGCCGCAAUGCGCUGCUACUAACCUGGUUCUGGGCGUAUAGAUGGAAGCUGCUUCCCGCUGCAAUUCCGCGACUGUUCAUGACCGGCUUUACCUUUGCUCAGCCUUUUUUGGUCACCUCCGCCAUACGUCUCGCUGCAUCGCCGAUCAAUGAAGAAUCUAACAAUCAUGCUUACGGGUUGAUCGGCGCAUAUGCGCUCGUAUACGUGGGUAUAGCUAUUUCGACCGGGCAGUAUGAAUACCUCGUCACCCGACUGAGUGUGCUGCUGCGGGGGAGCAUUACUCCUGCUGUUUUCAAACACACCCUGCAGCUUCACUUGUCCGACACCAACGCAGAGGACUCCCUGACCUUGAUCAACACGGACCUGGAAACCAUUGGACAGGGUAUUCGACUUUUACAUGAGCUCUGGGCAAGUUCUCUCGAGAUCGGCCUGGCCAUCUGGUUGCUUGCUCGGCAGAUCGGUCUCGCCUCGCUUGUUCCCGUUGUGAUGAUGGGAUGUGGGUUCGUGAUAGCAAAGCCUCUGGGAAAGAGCCUAGGCGACUGGAUCCAAGCGUCGCAGAAAAGAGUUACAUUGACAUCAAAGGUUCUGGCGAAUAUCAAAACGCUGCGACUCGCCGGUGCAAGCCGACCCAUAUUCUCCAGGAUAGAAGACCUUCGCGCAAACGAGCUCCACAUCUCGGGGCGAUAUCGUUCCUUACUUGGCCAUGCCGCCCUCUUUGUAAAUUGCGUUCCUAUAAUCAGCCCAAUCCUCAUGUUUGCCGCUUUCGUCGGCAUCGCAGCAAAGACGGGGGAUGAUUUUACGAUCCUGCGGGCUUUUACCUCCCUUUCCCUGCUCGCGAUCCUUAACAACCCCCUUGCUCUGUUGCUUUCCAGCCUUCCUUCACUAGCUGCCAUUAUGUCGUCGUUUACUAGGAUCCAGGACUACCUAAAUCGGAAGACCAGGGAUGACUCUAGAGCCCUAGAAGCAGCAGCGAAUAUUUUGUCGAAGGAUACAUAUCCAGGACUCCCGACCCUCACUGGACUUGAGAUGCAGACUGUCCAUCACGAGAGCGAGUCGGAACUCGUGGCUCAAGUGCGAGGCCAAGUUGCAUGGUCCAACUCCACCGAACACGCAAUCCACAUCCCCAAGUGGGAUAUUCAACGAGGAACAUUAACCCUCGUCAUCGGAUCCGUGGGAUCGGGCAAGUCAACUCUUCUCCGCUGCCUUUUAGGCGAGCACUCGGCAUUCACCGGCGAGAUCCGCGUCAACACCCGCAGCGUCGCGUUCUGCGCAGAGAAUCCCUGGAUUCCAGCCCGAACGGUGCAAGAGGUCAUUCUAGGAGAAGAAACAUUCGAUAGUGCUUGGUAUGGCGAUGUCAUUGAGUCCUGUGCGCUGCGUCAAGACUUUAGUGGCUGGCCGCAGGCCGAUCGGACUCCGGUCGGGAGUAAAGGAGUUGCGUUGAGCGGGGGGCAGAAACAGAGACUGGCCCUGGCGAGAGCUGUGUAUUCUAGACGGAGGCUUCUCAUUCUAGAUAACGUGUUCAGUGGGUUGGAUAUGGGGACUCGGGAAGCUGUUCUUCAUAAGCUUUUUGGCGAGAAUGGUCUCCUGAGGCAAGGCCAGAUAACGACUGUUUUAGCAACCUCGCAUGGUGCCGAUUCAUCUCUCGCUGACCGGAUAGCUGUGAUCAACAAGGACGGGGUCCUGGAAGAGCACGAAGCCUCGAGAUUCAAUCCACGAGGGAUCGAGACAUCAAGUCCUUCCGUCUCCGCAAAAGAGCAUGAUAACCAUCUUCAGCAUGAGCCACUGGAUGAGCCGGAAGAUGACAUGAUCCGGUAUACCGACCUAGGUACAUACAAGUACUACUUCAAGUCUGCUGGUCCGGUUCCAUGCUUGAUAUUCAUCGCUGGAACCAUGGUCUUUGCCUUUUGUAACUCGUUUCCAGUCCUGUGGCUCAAGUGGUGGUCUGAGGCCAGUGAAGUCAAUCCCAACACGCAGACAGCCAAGUGGCUUUCGGUUUACAUUGCGUUGGGCGUCGUGGGUAUUGUUGGUUUUGUUGUUGAAGCUCGCGAGCUGUUGAUGGUGAUCAUUACCAACUCUGGUCGCUACUUCCAUACGUUCCUCGUAGAAACGGUCUCCAGAGCUACCAUGGGGUUUUAUUCUACGACCAAGCAUGGCUCCAUUAUCAACCGCUUCAGCCAGGACCUGCAACUUGUGGACAUGGAACUACCACUUAACGCUACAAAUGCAUCCGGCCUACUCUUCAUCUCCAUCGCCCAAUGUAUCAUCCUCGCAAUCUCUUCCCGCUACGUCGCAAUCAGCUUCCCCUUUCUCUUCAUCGUCUUCUACAUCGUCCAGCGCUUCUACCUCCGUACGUCACGGCAGAUGCGCCUGCUCGACAUAGAACACAAAGCCCCCGUCUACUCACAUUUCGUCGAGACCCUCAACGGGCUCGCCACAAUCCGCGCUUUUGGCUGGGAAGCACAGAGCACAGCGGCCAUGCAUAAAGUCCUCAACGACUCCCAGCGCCCGUACUACCUCCUCUUCUGUCUGCAGGCGUGGCUGGUUGUGGUGCUGAACCUCAUAACUGCCAUUCUGGCGGUGAUUAUUAUCUCUGUGACGACGUCGCUCCGCGACAGUAUUGGGCCGGGAUAUAUUGGUGUUUCGCUGACGAAUAUUCUUGGCUUCAGUUCCAUGAUUCGGGGGUUGGUUACGGCGUGGGUUGGGUUGGAGAUUUCCAUCGGCGCGAUUACGAGGAUUAGGCAUUUUACGACUGUCACGAAGAGGGAGGGGCCGUGUUAUACUCCUGUACAGGAGGACUUGGAGUGGCCGAGGGAGGGGAGGAUUGAGUUCCGCAAUGUUUCUGGGAGUUAUGGGUGUGUUUUUCGAGAUGGUUUUCAUGGCACAGGGCUUACAAUGAGGAGCAGAUCGUCGGAGAAUGUCAUCCGCAACGUAUCCUUCUCGAUUGAAGGAGGUCAGAAGAUAGCUCUCUGCGGGAGGACUGGCAGCGGAAAAUCCUCCCUAAUCCUCUCUCUCUUUCGCAUGCUCGAAAUCACAGCGGGCCAGAUCCUCGUUGACGGAAUCGACAUCCAAACCCUCGACCCCGAAUACGUGCGCACACGCCUCGUCGCCGUUCCACAGGAAAUGGUCAUCUUCGAGGGAAGCGUACGAUUAACCCUCGACCCGACAGAGACACUAGCGGAUGGCGAGAUUAUCCAGGCACUAGAAAAGGUGCAGCUCUGGACACUAAUCGAAAGCAAAGGCGGCCUCGAUGCGAGCAUCAAUGAAUCUAGUUUCUCGCAGGGCGAGCAGCAGCUUCUGGGGUUUGCCGGGGCAAUGUUGCGCAAAAGUCGGGUUUUGGUUCUUGAUGAGGCGACGAGCAGUCUGGACAAAGACACGAAGACACUGGUCGACGGCCUUGUAAAAGAGCACUUUGCGGGUUGGACGGUCAUUAGUAUCCUGCAUCAGCUGGAGACGGUUACGGAUUUUGACAUGGUUGCCGUCAUGGACGGUGGGAGGCUCGUUGAGUUUGAUCAGCCGGGGGCUCUACUGGGGGCCUACAAGACAAAUGGAAAUUGCCCUCUAGCGCCUCAACAUGUCCAACAAUGGUAUAUUGUCACCACACCGCCGAAAAUAAAGGUAGACACUAGAGACAAUCUCUGUAUAGAACAAAGGGGAAAAUGA